AAACGACAACCUAACAAACCACAGUAAACAACAGGAAGCAGGAAAAGCGCACAGCACUGAAACCAGCCGACGAUUGCCAACGCUUCAAUGUGUGUGUGUGUGUGUUUGUUGGCUGCGGAAAAUGCAUCACCGAAAACCGAUCCGCACUGUCGUCUUCAUUUCCGCGAGUCAAAGAGGCGUGGCUACAGCCGAUCAUCACCGUCGUCGACAUCAAGUUGCGCAAAAUCGCUGUUAACAAAGGGCAGCACAACCAAUUUCUUAUGGAUAAAGGCUUAUGAAGAUAUAAUGUCCCAAACCCCAUGGUCUGGCCGAGAAAGAAAAAAAGGACGAAGAAAAAAAUUACCCCGAAAAUGAAUAGAAGAACGGUGGAAAACCCCCGAUUUUUCACCUCGCAGAGAAGCAUCCUCUCUGCGCCAGCCAAUCAGCGGCCAAGCUUGCUUGUGAUGCACGAGACUCGACAAUGAAAGCGCACCGCACGCACUUAGAAUGAAAGGGAUGUUGGUUUAGUCUGCUGCUAGAACUUGAACCGUGCGUGCGUGACAGUUUAUAGGAUCGUGAGCGACGGCCGACAGUAUCAAGUGAAAGAUUGAGCUCUCAAGUGCUUACGAAACCAUCUUCUUCAGCAAUGCUAGUUGCAGUGUGAAAGAAAGAAUUUUCAAAGGAAAAUCAAGUGAAAAACCGAAUGUUAGUUCCAUGUGAUUGUUUCAGUAAAGAAAGAUUUGUUGGAAAGUGUGGUGCUAAUUAUUAAAAUCAAAUCUAAAGUUCCUCGCUGAUAUCUCAGUCAACUGUUUGGCAAUUGGAAUACAUUAAGGUUACAACAGCAAGGACACAUCGGACGGGAAAGCAAACGGUCCAUCUAAAUGUAUAACAAAAUGUCCAGCUACGAAACUGCAUCUUCCGAUGGUGAUCUUUGCCACCGUGUUUGCGAUCCCGAUCCGUACUACGAAUCAAAUGGAAGCUACUACACACAACUCUAUCCGGCAGAUUCCCAAAAUUCGGGAGGACAAGUGACCAGCGGAGGUGGAGGAGCUGGUGCAGGAGUGAUCAUCAUGGACGAGGAGGGCUACUGGGGUUCACCGUGCAGUUCGAGCGAAUCACACCCAGACAUGAACAGAGACCGGUACUCACCCCCGGUGGCGGCAUCGGCGGUGGUCAGUGCCAGCGGGAAUGCCUCGGCCAUGGUAAGCGCUGUUCGCAACAUCUCGGCCCAACAGCAGCAACCGCCCGAUCAAUCGUCCUUGUCAACAUCGUCGUUGUCGUCGGCUUCCUCCACAUCAUCCUCCAUGUCGGCGUCUUCGUCACCGUACGGUGGUGCUGGCCAUCCUCUACCACCCGGAGGCUACCCUCAACAGCACCACCACCAUCACCACCCUAACCACCAUCAUCAACAACAAAUGUCAUCGUCCAUGUACUGUUCCUCGAUUGUUUAUGAAAAGAGCAACGCCGCAGGCAUCUACGUCCCGGAUGAGGGAUACUUUGGAGGAGCCGGAACGUCAGUUGACCCCGUUUCAGGCACCGCAGGUUCCGAACACCAGUCACAACACAUGCACAUGGCACCGUCCUCGUCCGGUGUCAUUCCCGGCAACGGUGUGCCCAUAGUACGGGUGGUCAAGCGACGCAACACGGCCAACAAGAAAGAGCGUCGUAGGACACAAAGCAUCAAUUCGGCCUACACCUCGCUGCGGGACCGCAUACCGAACGUUCCCAACGAUACCAAACUGUCCAAGAUCAAAACACUACGGCUAGCCAUUUCCUACAUCGCACAUCUGUUGGCGGUCGUGAACGGAAACCAGGACCCGUCGUGUGAUUUCCGCGCGGAACUGGUGCCCUCGUCUCGCAAGAUUAAUGCCGAACGGCGUGCCCAGAAGACGCUAAUGCAAAACUUUACCGCCAAUGGAACCCCGAAUGCCACCAGCAGCACGAGUCCGCCCGUGGCGGAAGGACGAAAAAUCAAAGGCCGUACCGGGUGGCCCCAGCACGUUUGGGCACUGGAAACGAAGACCACUAUCAAAUAAGUAAUGUGUAGAUGAAGUGCACUUGCAACGUGGAGGACGUGAUUUGAUAACAGUUUGGAUGAAGAAAAAAAUUACACCAAAAUUGCUGUUUGAAAAACAUUACUGUAAUAGAGAUAAAAAUAUAUUCCAACAGUACCGCAUUUAGUACGCAGUCGCUGAAGACACUUAAAAGGCUAUUAAAAGACGCCCACGACGUGAAAAUCAUGUGCAUCCGUUACUACAAUCUCGCCCAAAGUAGAUUAAUCCUAGCGGAAUACAGUAGGAGCAGCUACAAAGGCUCUACAUUCUUAACGUCCGCUUUGUGACUAGGCUAAAUAGUAGCAGGAAGUAGCACCACUGUGUACAGAAAAUUCUACUCAUUUCUUGUUCUCCUCCUUCACCGCUUACGACUGAUUGGCCCGAUCAAAAGAAGAGAGGCUGUGCCAUGCUAGGUUAGAGAUCGAUUGGCUUCUUGCUGCGAAAAUAAAUGUGUAUUACUAUUCGAUCGAUA